AUGCGAACAGCGUUGGCACUGCUGAAACCUCCACCUGCAGCGCAAGCAGAACCGGCCAACUUGGAUAGACGAUUUCAGCGCGGUGACCUCGUCUACGCCAAGUUCUAUGCGCGGAAUUCAUGGAAGUGGGUUCCGGCGCAAAUCAUACGAGAGUUGGGCAGCGUUAUGUUCGAGGUGCAGACGAACAAUCAACGGGUUCACAGGCGCCAUGUGAACCAGCUCGCAGCUGAUCGUGACGUGAUUCGUGAUUCGGCCGUGGGGGCUUCCAGCGAGGACGUGGACAUAGAUCAUUUGCCGUUUGAUCUGCUGACGGACAGCGCGCGCGUCACCCACACAACCAUCUCCACGCCCAAUCCCGUUCGCUACUACAAAACGCCAGCAGCCGAUACGGUCGCCACGCCGGUCUUCUAG